AUGGCAUACUUGAUAUUUAUUGGUGUUGCUACAUUUUGGAGUUGUUGUUUGCUAGAUUCAGUAUUUGUUGGUGAUGGUGGUUUGUUGGUGAUGGCAUUUGUUGGUGAUAGCAUUUAUUGA